AUGGUUUCAUUUAGUGAGACAUUGGGUCCAAAUGAUAUCCCUAAGGCCCUAGAAAGGUUGGGUUUCAAUGGUGUAGAUGACCAGGCAGUGGAAUAUUUCUUGAAAGACUUGAAACUGAGGGUCAAUGGUGGUGAUGGGUUGGAUCUAGCAGUGCUAGAUUUACCCGGGUGGUACCAUAAGUCGGUGGUGGAGGUUCUGGUCCAGUUGAGUGACCUUAAAUGGAUAUUCACUUUGUCCAAAGGGCCAGAGAUGAUAUUUCACUACCUCCAGGCCCAGAACCGUGCUAUUGCCUCCUUAGCUGGUAAAAUCCUGGACCUAAAAACCAUGAUUCAGGCCAAGGACGACUACUUGAAGUACUGCAAGGAUCAUGGGUUCGAUAAUUUGACGGUAUUUAAGAGGAAGAAGGGCAUUGACUUCAAACUAGAGUCGUUCGAGGACAGAAAGGUAGAGGGGGUCACAGAUAUGGGGGAGGUAGUGAAGGAGAUUAAUUCUAUUAACAGUGAUGGAAAUGGGGGUAAACUAAACGACGGUGGGGGUAAACAUCGUCAUAAACGAAAUUAUAAUCAACGGGAUACCUCAGACAAACCUGACAUCAAGACUGAACCUACUGAAUCCGGUACUGAACCUACCAAACCAAUAAAAGCUGAACCUAAUGGUUCCGUAACCGGACCCACUGAUUCCUUAAACACGGGGCCUCUGCCUAAAAAGCGUAAGAAACCUCAGGGCAUUAUCAAGAAACGAUAA